CGCCCGUGCUCCCGCCACGCCGCGCACUCGUCGCAACGUCGUCGUGCGCACUCGACGUCCACUGCCCACCGCUGCAUCGGCUCCGCGCGCGCGUUUCCAGUUUCCAGGCGUCCGCCGGUUGUUUUCCCUCGUCGUUUUCCCGUCGCGAUUCAGUCCCGAGGCGACCAGCAGUCGUGCGCCGUACGCAGUCCGUGUCUCGUCGUCCCCUCUGUCCGGCGUGUGUGCGUUUCGAGACGAUACGAUUCAAACUUUUUCCAUUCCGGACGACGUUUGGGUUUGCCUUAACGUAAACGUGUGGAGACCAAUUAUUAAAUUAUUUAUAAAAAAAAAAAAAAUACUAUAGAACACUAAUCACUGCUCCGACCUUCGGCGUCGCGUUCGAUUCGUAACCGCAAUGUACGUUGCACUUCUGCCCGAGUUCACUGUGCCCACACACAGUUAACUCCUUAGAUCGUACCUACCCGUCUAUACGUUCAUUUGUUUUUACAUUUUAUUUUUUUAAUUUAAUUUUUUUUUUUUUUAUCAAAACGUCGAAUAGCCUUUAGUGUCCGUUUGAAUCGUCCGAUAGCAACGAUAGCAACGAUGGCUGCGUGCAGCCCAAAAAGAACGUUAGCUUUUAUUGUGUUAUUGGUGUUGUGCGAUGGAUUAGUUGUUUCGACAUCCUAUGGCGGUUCGUUUGUAAGUCUGGUUGAAGUUGUCAACCACACAAAGUUUACCCAAGAUGAAACCAAAGAUUUGUACGUCAAUUUGACAGUUGGCAUGUUUGGACAAGGACUCAACGAAAACAUAAAAAUCAGGCCCACCUCUAGAGUUGCAUUACGUGGCUCUGAGUGUUACAAAAACCAUCCGAUGAAAAACAUUGAUUCUGACAACUUUAUUUUCAAACAGCUGUGGACAAACGGUACAUACUUGUUGAUGAGUAUUACGUUUAAGUUUGAUCGAGACUUGACCACACGGAAUGUAUACUUAUGCGCAUAUGAGCCGCGAAAACCACCUAAUGGACUUGUCUCGUCGCUGUGGAGCGUGUUUAGUGGUUCGGACGACGACAGUGAUGGUCGAUGGGUGAAUCAGGGUGAUUCGGUAGCGAUCAGAUCCGAUGAAAUGUCACAGUCCACGGAAAAUUCUUUGGAUUCAUCGCCAAGCAGACAAAGAAGACAACAAGGAUCAACAUUAAAAAAUGUUACUCCAUUAGGUACAGCUUACAUAUCUCCAGUAAACUUUUAUGGCUUACGAGUAGAAUACUCAGAUGCAGCGAUAGACUACGAUGAUCGAGGAGUACCACAGUUACUGGUUCAACGAAAUGCAUCAUUUCGUUUGUUUGGUAGUGACUGGACUGAGAAAACAAUAUUUGUUCUUACGGAAAAAAUUGGCGAUAAAGGGGGACCGUGUGAAUUUCCCGUUGGAGAGGUUCAAGAAGUAACUCUUGUACCAAACGAGCCAAAUACAGCCAAAAUAAAUAUAAUUUUGCCUCAAGCUAGUAAAGCAGGAACGGUAUUUUACUUCUGUUCGAAAGAGAGCGAUAAGACCGGCGCAAUUUGGACACAUAUGGGUAGUGAAUAUUACAAACAAAUGGGAGUGUACGAAAAAAUGUUACCUUUUUGGCUACAAGUUGGUAUAAUUCUUACGUGUUUAUCAUUUUCGUCCCUUUUCUCCGGUCUAAACCUGGGUCUGAUGUCGUUGAAUCGAAUGGACUUGAAGAUCAUUUGUAACACUGGUACAGACGCAGAGCGAAAGUACGCCAAAGCUAUCUUGCCUGUACGUAUUCACGGUAACUACUUGUUAUGUAGUAUUCUGCUGGGUAACGUCAUGGUCAACUCAAUAUUUACCAUCCUGUUGGAUGACUUGACGUCUGGCUUGGUGGCCGUCAUUACUUCAACAUUGGCCAUUGUAAUCUUCGGUGAAAUUACUCCACAAGCUGUUUGUUCACGUCAUGGAUUAGCUAUUGGUGCCAAGACCAUUUACGUUACGAAAACCGUAAUGGUGCUUACUACCCCGCUGUCUUGGCCUAUCAGUAAAGCUUUAGAUUGGGCCCUCGGUGAGGAAAUCGGUAGCACUUACAACAGGGAACGUCUCAAAGAAUUAGUCAAGAUGACCGGUGACGAAUACAACGAUUUGGAAAAAGAUGAAGUUAACAUAAUUUCUGGAGCCCUCGAACUUCAUCGUAAAAAAGUUGGUGACGUAAUGACCAAAUUGGAGGACGUGUACAUGUUGUCAUAUGAUACAGUGUUGGACUUCGAAACCGUCUCAGAAAUCAUGAAAUCUGGAUACUCGAGGAUACCCGUGUACGAGGGCAACCGUCAGAAUAUUGUCACCAUGUUGUAUAUCAAGGACUUGGCGCUGGUCGAUCCCGACGACAACACAUUGCUUAAAACACUGUGCCAAUUCUACCAGAACCCAUGUUAUUUCGUGUUUGAAGACACCACACUCGACGUACUAUUCAAGCAGUUCAAAGAAGGUAUCAAAGGCCAUAUGGCAUUUGUUCAUCGUGUGAAUAAUGAAGGCGAAGGCGAUCCAUUCUAUGAAACCGUGGGUAUCAUAACACUAGAAGAUGUGAUUGAAGAAUUGAUUCAGGCUGAGAUCAUGGAUGAAACUGAUGUUUACACCGAUAACCGUUCGAAACAACGUCGACAACAGCGUUCAUAUAGAGCUCAAGACUUUACAGCAUUUGCCGAGCGUAGUGAAAACCAACGUAUUCAUAUUUCUCCUCAACUUACUUUGGCCACAUUCCAAUUUUUGUCAUCGAGUGUCGAAGCUUUCAAGACAGAUGUUGUGUCAGAAACUAUUUUAAUGCGCUUGCUCAAACAGGACGUGAUAUUCCAUAUAAAAAUGAAAGAUAAAGAAAGAUUUAAGUCUGAUCCAGCCAGUAUCAUUUACCAGCAGGGCAAACCAGUCGAUUACUUUGUGCUCAUAUUGGAAGGACGCGUCGAAGUCACAGUUGGCCGUGAAAAUCUCGUAUUUGAGAGCGGACCAUUCACGUACUUUGGAUCACAGGCUUUACACCAGAACAUCGGAAUCGGCGAAUCACCACCGUCUGGAGCCAAUCCUACAAUGGCCAAUUCUACUGUAAACAACAUGGGCAGUAUACAGUCGGUCAACAUCGAUGCUAUGUUGCGUUACACUUUUGUGCCAGAUUAUUCGGUGCGUGCCGUUACUGAAGUGAUGUAUUUGCGCGUGAAACGUUCGUUCUACAUGGCAGCGAAACGCGCCACGCUCAUGGAACGUUCUAAGAAAAUGUCAAACGCCGGUGAAUUCGAUGAAGAAGUAGACAAGCUAUUCCAUACUUAUGGAGAUGAAGAUCGGAAGAGUAUCCAAGGUUCUCCUGACGUCACUAGAAAUGCAUCUCAGACCACAGUACAGCCAUCAACAAUUUCGGCCAACGCAGCAUCUCUUAACAACGGAGAACCUAUUCAACCCGUAGCUGUAGCAUUCUCACGAACACCUCAAGGUACCUCCGACGCAUCGGCUGAAGAAAAAAUCACUCUUUUGGGCACAAACGCGUUGUCCGCUGCUACAAAAUCGGACGCUACUGAUCCAUCAACUUAGGUCUAUCGAUAAUGAUAUUAAUUCUUAGUGUGUUCUUUUAUAAUUUUAAACUAUUUUUUUUUUUUUUGCUUUACACCGUGUUUCUAUUAGAUUGAAACAAAAACGUUUGAUUAGGGACAUAUACAUUACGAAUAAGCACGUAGCAGAUAUUAUUUAAGUGUAUACAUAUUUUUUUUUCUAUUGUUAUGUGUUACGUAUAAUUUUUGACUUAAGUAGUUCUAGUCCAGCAUUAUUGUGUUCAGUAAGUGUCCAAAUAAUCCCAUCAGAAUGUAUUAUCUGAACAAUACGCGAGUCAAUCAAUAUGUGUAUGUUUUAAUUUAUUUACGCUCUCUUUACGCUCGUAUUGGAUAAACACGAUGUUAUUAAACUGCCAUAAUGGCUGCACACUAAGGACUCGACUCCCAUUUUAUCGUUCUAGUGACUUACUACUUCAACCAGCUUUUAUUUUAUUGUACUUUUUUUUACGAUUUAUAAUAUUAUUGCUUUGUUUAUUUCAUAUUAUUAUUUAUAAAUAUGUACACACACACCCACACACACAUACACACGUAUAUAUUAUAUGUAUAUGUAUAAAUAUAGAUUAUACAUAUUUAAGCUUUGUGUCCCGGUGACGCGGAAAUCCGUUUUGUAUAUAUGCAAAAGCGAAUCUCCAAGGCUUUUCGUGUCUCUUAAAUUUUCAACCGAUUAACAAGCCCUCAGAGUGAUCUCAGAGGUAGCGAGUCCUCGUAUUUUUUGAUAUUAAGUUGUAUUAAGAAAUCGACGAACCUAUUUACAAUAUCGGUACUGUUCUUUCUUUUCUCUCUAUUUCGUUGAAAUUAAUAAUAUUUCCCUUCAAUAAUCGAAUAAACAAAACAAUCAAGUUUAUAUUAAAAUUACAUCUUAUAAAUUAACAAUUUCCUCACACAAAACGACAUCACUAUUAAAUCGUUUACCUUUAAAAUACGUUCUUCGACUUUGUUGUUAUUUUUUUUUUUAUUAUUCGUUCGACUAUUAUAUACUGCUAUGUAUGAAUAUUCUACAAGUUUUUUAAUUGACUUUAAAAUUAAUACAGUAACAUAUGGCGUUUUAUAAUUCUUAGGAAUGCGCUCAAAUUAAAGUCUAAGUAAUUAUAGGUUAUAAAAAUAAUCGCAAAAACGUUUGGUGAUUCGUUACAUAAUAUAUAGCUUCAGAGUUAACUAGUCCUUUUUUAAGCUUACGGUUCAUGUUAUAUUAUUAUAUAAUAUAUUAUAGUGAUGUUCGUUGACAUUUUUUUUUUUAAAAGAUGAAUAGUUGGAACAAAAUAAUUAGUUAAUAUGGAAGGGGAGAAAUAUAAUGUUGAGAGUUUAUAUACAUAUAUUUAUAUAUAAUAAUAAUUAUUGAUAAUAUUAUGAUUAUUAAUGUUUGUAUACUAAAUUUUUCGUAAUAUUUAUCUGUUGCGUGUAAGUAAUUAUGUAAUAUUAGAUACCCUAUAUGAUAUAAUUAAGCUGAAUAUAAUAAUUUUAGAGCUAUUCGACAGUAAUCGACUGAUGGUCAUCGAAAUUCGCCCAACAAUACCGGACUCAUCAAUUGUCCGAAUAUAAUACCAAUUAUCACAGUAUGAUUCUGCACAAGCGUUCGACGAACAUAAUGGCAACAUUAUAUAAUAUUAUAUAUGAUCAUUUAUGAAUAUUAUAAUCGUUAUGUAUAAUUUAAACGUGGUGCUCGAUUAACGUCAAACAUUUUAUUAUUUUAUUAUGAUAAAUUUUUUUUCGUCCAACUUAGACGUCGACCGAAUCAUAAUGUUUUAAACGUAGCUUAUACCAAAAAAAAAAAAUCCAAUCACCAAGUGAUAUAUUUAAGUAGCGUAGAUAUAUCAUAAGACCAAUAAGACUAUACCGAAGCGACAUGCUACUACAAAAUGUCUAUAUAAUGAAGUUUAAUCCAAACGAUUUGAAUAAUUGUUUGCCAAUGAAAAACGAUACGACCCCGUAAUGAUUUUUGGACUUCUCUAUACGAUAUGUGCAUACAUAAAAUACGUUUUACUUGCGUCGCUCGUUCGGUGAAAAAGCAUUUCUGUUGUACACAAAAUAAAAGAAGGCCUACUAUUAUAAUUUUACCGUUUCUACUUUAUACUUUAGUCGUAGGUACACGUUUUUCUUGUUUUUUUUUUUUUUUGUGUGUAUUGUAUGUAAGUAUAGAUUAUAUUAUUAUAUACAUUUCGGAUUAUACGUUGUACGUACAAUUGCGUUAUAAAUUAUAAUAUAAUUUUACUGACAAUAUAAUUAUCAAUUCGCGUGGUCAUCAUUUAUGAUCAAAAUUAUAUUAUUAUUAUUAUUAUUAUUAUUUUUUUUUUUGUGUUUAAGUAUUCGUUGUUAAAUUGUUUAUUUUACCGAAAAGUAUAUUCAUUUUUAGACAUUGAACAUUUUCGUGUAAACCGCCAUUAUUAUUUUAAUAUUAACUAUUUUAAUAGGUACCUAUCUUUACAAUAUACAAUAAUAUGAUUAUGUUUUAAUUUUAUGUCGAAGAUAUUAUUGUUGAGCAUAAAACUAUACAUAUAUGUGCAUAGCUUAUAGUUUUUUAAUUAUCUAAUUUCUUGUAAUAAGAAAAUAUUGUUUUUAUUUAUACUAUUUUUAUCAUCAUUAUUUUUUAGAAUAGUUUUUCGCUAUACUUUAUCUGCUAAUAAUGUGUACAAUGUUUAUGCAAUAGAAUUAUGGGAGAAAUGGAUAUUUCUAUUAUCGCGUUCAGUCUGUUAAAAAACUAUAUUGCUGUUGGGUUUAGACUAGGCAUUAUUAAAAUAUAAUAUAUAAACUAAUUUUAAGGUUAAAAAAAUAAUUAAAUUAUAUUAUAAUAAUAAUCGUUUUUCAGCCAAGUGCUAGUUGUAAUAUUAUUAGUGAUGAUCGAGUAAAAAGUGUUUAGUUGACAUUACCGAAUCACAAUAGUUGUAUAGACUAAUCUAGUAAUAAUUAUAAUAUUAUUAAUAUUCAACACUUAAGCUUCUAUUUAUUUUAAUGUAUAGGGUUAUAAUAAAACAAACAUGCCAUUAUAGCUGAUGUCAAACAGGCGAAAAUAUAUUAAUUUAAUUGAUUUAGUUUAAAAAAAUUCAAAAUUUUAUAUACAAUACUGGCUGUGCUGUUCUCGAUGUUCAGUUACUCGUUAAAUUUUAAAUUACUUAUAAAAUCAACUGUUUGAUGAAAUUAAAUCGUGUUUAAUGGUUUCAGUUAAGUGUUAUUUAUAUAACCUGCACAGCCAGUUCCAAUUUUGGGUUCGAUAUAUUAUAUACAAGUAGCUUUAAUAUUAUAAUAACAUAAAACAUGUAUAAAUCAAAUUAUAGCAAUCAUUAUAGUACUUAAAAAUUCUAUAGUAUCCAUACAGUUAUACUUACAUUAUUUUUAAUAUGUUAAAGAUGAUAUAAAUAACUUCUUUUUUUUAAUAUUAUUAUUAUAAUUAUUAAAAACCUAUUCUGUUGUCCAGUAUAUGUAAUAUUAUGUUAUACGUUUAUUAUUAAAAUUAUAGAUAAAUAGAAAAUUGACUUUACUGUA